GAGAAGUUUCUCCUUUCUUUGACCCACCUUAUCUCUAUGUAAUUGGACCUCUUGUUAAAUUGUAAUUGCGCAUACGUACUGAGAGCAUGACUUCUUCUUCUAUGGCCUUUCAAUCAGGAGCUUCUUCAUCCUCUUUGUUUUCUUCCACCCAUCUAUGGAAUCACGAUGUAUUCUUGAGCUUUAGAGGUGAAGAUGUUCGCUAUGGCUUUAUUUCCCAUCUACACCAAGCUUUGAAUCAAAGGGGAAUCAAAACUUACAUAGACAGUAUUAAUCUUGAAAGAGGGGAGGAAAUUUCACCAGUUCUUUGCAAAGCUAUUGAAGAGUCAAUAAUUUCUAUCAUUGUACUAUCUAAAAAUUAUGCAGAAUCUAGAUGGUGUUUAGACGAGCUAUUGAAGAUUCUUGAUUGCAACAAAACAAUUGUUCUACCAAUUUUUUACCACGUAGAUCCAUCGGAAGUACGGCAUCAAAAAGGUAUUUUUGGAAAAUCCUUUGAUAAACUUGGAGAUAAACUCAAGGAUAAUGCAAAGAUGCUAAAAUGGAAGGAAGCUUUGAAAAGAGUAGCCGAUUUGUCUGGUUUCACCUUAGCAAAGUGCCGGAAAGAGUCAGAAUUUAUCCUGGAAAUCAUUCAAUGGGUGGAUUUAAAAAUGAUAAAUCAAACACCUCUAAGCGUUGCCAAGUAUCCAAUUGGAAUAGAGUCUCGUAUACAGGAUAUUUAUCAGCAUUUAAGUAUUGGGAAUAAUGAUAUUACUAGCAUUGUAGGGAUAUUUGGAACUGGUGGAAUUGGAAAAACAACUAUUUCAAAAGAUAUCUAUAACCAGAUUUCUUCUCAAUUUGAAGGAAGUUGUUUCUUGGAAGAAGUUAGAGAAACUUCAAAACAAUCAGGAGGUCUAAUUAAGCUGCAAAAUACCCUUCUUUAUGAUAUUUUAGGAACAAGUUUGGAUGUUCAUGAUAAGAACAGAGGCAUCAAUGUGAUUCGGGAUAGACUUCAUUCUAAAAGGAUUUUACUAAUUCUUGAUGAUGUGGAUGAGUUGGUCCAACUAGAAAAUUUAGUUGGAGAUCGUGAUUGGUUUGGCUCAGGAAGUAGAAUCAUUAUAACAACAAGAGAUCAACACUUAUUAGAAGUCUUUGAAGUUGAUUCAAAGUACGAGGUGAUGAUUUUGGAUGACAAUGAAGCUCUUCAGCUCUUUAGUUUGCAUGCUUUCAAGGAAAAAGAACCACAGAAGGAUUUUAUGGACAUAUCUAAACAAAUAACAAAAUAUGCUCAAGGUCUUCCACUAGCUUUAACAGUGCUAGGUUCGGAUCUAAAAAGUCAAAGUAUACAGCAAUGGAAAAGUGCAAUGGAUAAAUAUAAAAACAUUCCUCACGGCGAUAUUCAGAAAGUACUCUUAGUGAGUUUUGCAAGUCUGCAUGAUGCUGAUAAGGAAAUAUUCCUUGAUAUUGCAUUUUUCUUCAAGGGAGAAUCUUUGAAAAAUGUCACAAAAAUAUUUGAUUCUUGUGGCUUUUAUCCGAAUCAUGGAAUCGAGAGGCUUAAAGACAAGUGUCUUAUUACUAUUGAAGGGCAUAAUAAACGUGUUGGGAUGCAUGACUUGCUACAAGCUAUGGGACGAGAAAUUGUUCGACGAGAAUCACCCAAAAAGCCUAGCAAACGUAGUAGACUAUGGAAUCAUGAGGAUAUCCGUAAAGUGUUGCAAGACAGUAUGGGGCUAAACAAAAUUGAAGGCAUACUAUUAGAUUUACCCGAAGGCGAUGAGGUGAUAAGCUUGCAUUCGGAAGCAUUUCGAAAUAUGGAAAAUCUUAGAGUCUUUAUAAAUCGUAAUGCACGUUUUUCUUGUGCACCCAAUUAUCUCUCCAACAAAUUAAGAGUCCUUGAUUGGAAUAACUAUCCUUCACCAUAUUUGCCACCUAAUUUUCAAGGGAAGAAUCUCAUUAUUUUGAGAAUGCGGCAUAGCCUUAUAAAGGAGUUAGGGGAUAGAUUCAAGCCCAAGAAUUUGACAAUUAUGAAAUUUGAAAAUUGUGAAUUCUUAGAAAAGAUUCCGGAUCUUUCAAGCCUCUCAAAUUUGAAGGAAUUGGCUGUCCAAUUUUGUACAAGAUUAGUUGAGGUGCAUGAUACCGUUGGAUCUUUGGAAAAUCUUUCUAUGUUGGAUUUUUUUCAUUGCUCUAAACUCCGAAUCCUUCCAAGAAGCCUCAAUUUGAGAUCUUUAUGCUAUCUUGGUCUUCAGGAUUGCCCAAGCAUUCGUUAUCUUCCUGAAAUCGAGUGUAAAAUAGAAUCUUUAAUUGAAUUGAAUCUACGUGACACCGCAAUAGAAGAGCUACCUUUAUCCAUCGGGAACCUUGUAGGGCUCGAGUCUUUAUAUUUAAGAGGCUGCAAAAACCUUAUGCGUCUCCCAAUUGCUUGCAUUCGGCUGCAACAUUUACGUUGGCUCGAGAUUGGUGGUAAUUGUCCAGAUUUUGUACAGACGAUGAUGGAUGAUGGGCUAUCCCUUAUGGCUAUUGAGUCUACAAAAAUGGAAGAGGAGAUAUCAUUACGUGAAGAACGACUCCAUGAAUUUGCAUCUCCAACGAAUUCAAGCAAUGGGAGCAUUGGACUACAAUUGUUGAAUCUUCAAAAUUGUUUCCUAUCAGAAACAAAUUUCUUUCCAAUAUCUAGUUUAUUUACCAUGUUUAACUCCUCUGCUAGUUUGUGUCAUUUAUAUCUAUCGUCCACGUAUAUUGUUUGCCUUCUCACGAGCAUCAAAGAUAUUAUGAGCCUCGAAUCUCUUUCCUUGAGCUAUUGUUGUAAACUUGAAGAAAUACCAGAGCUUCUACGAAAUAUAACAGAAGUAGAUGUUAGGGGAUGCAAGUCAGUAGAAAUAUUUCGGGAAGUAUUUAAAAUAUUACAACUCAAUGGAAGCCACAUCAGAUCGCUACGAAGAACUGAUUUGGACCGCUGCUACAAAAUGCUUGAGAAUAUAUGGAAUGAUAGAGUGCAAAAUCCUUUAUUGUGGAAGGGAGUCUAUGAAUAUGAAUAUGAUGCUACUUUGUGUCUGGAAAAUCAGAUUCCAGAGUGGUUGAGUAAUAUUCAUGAGUUUUUAAAAGAUAAUAGAAUGGUGAAGGGGCCAGAUGAUUAUGUCAGACCAAGGGGAGAAGAAGAGUGGGUAAUAGAUAUCGAGGGGCCGUACAAUUUGGAGGAGAUAAACGGAAUUCUACUGUAUAUUGCAAUACUUUUUAAAGAUGUUUCAGUGGAUGGUACAAUUGAUCAUGCUAAUGCUAAGAUAACCAGUAAGAGGUCAGAUCAUGUAUGCCGUAUUGAAGGGGUACAAUUGGUUAAUAAGGGUUGGUACCGCAAGGGAAAUAGGACUGGACAAGCUGUAUGGGUGGGGUACUCCAAUUUAAAAUCUUUUAAACUACCGGUUUUGGAUAAUUUGCGAGUUCAAUUUGAUCUUCGUUGUAAAGGGAUGGUGCGGUUUUAUAAAAGUUGCAGAGCCAAAGUGGUAUACAAGAAUGAAACCAUUUCAUAGUUGAUGCCAUGGUGCUUCUUUGAAGCUUCACAAUGUAUCGCUACCCAAAACAUAGCUUCAUUUGGUAUGUACAUUUAAUUUUACUUGCAUCUCUGUGCUGUUUUUGAGACAUUGCCUUGUUUAAGGCCCCAAUAAAAACAUAGCUUAAUUUGGUAUUCUGUUUUGUACUUCAAAUUUGGUAUUCUUCAAAGCCAUAUAAUAGAAGAGCAUGAAGAGAGAGUGAAAAAUCA